UCAAUGAAUGUGCUACAACCACUAUCAGAAGAUUAUCGUAAUUUUGGCACUUUAACAGUUUCUAGAGAUAAUGAAUGUGUGCAAUCUUUACGACAACAUUGGGUUUCACCAAAAGGUGCUUUCCACCAGAGUUUCGAUGAUCGAAAUCAAAGCAACGAUAAUCAAGAGCUGAGUAAUUCAUGCGUUGAUCUAAGUGAUUCGGUAAAUUUUGAUCUAAGCAGUCUACUUAAUUAA